AUGGCCCACGAGGACGUGAGCUAUUACCGGGGGCAGUACAAGGAGAGGCUCCUGUCCCUGCUCAGGUCAGGGCUCCUCCAGCCUCCCCCCGGGCCUCCACGGCCCCUUCCCUGCCGUGCCAAGCUCCCGUCCCUCGCCUGCUCCUGUCCCGGCUGGGCUGGGCUGGGGGGCCGCGCUGCCGGGGGGGUCCGAGGUGGGGCUGGGGUCCUGCCCACCCCUGGGACACAGCCCCGCUCCAGGGCACCCUGCCGGGAUGCCGUGCGAGCUGGGGACGUGCGUGGCAGGGAGCUGCAGGGGGCAGAGGAGGACUCCACCAACUCCUUCAUCUGCGUCCUGAGGAAGAUGAAGGAAGUGCGGCUGGUGGAGAAGGUGGUGGAGGAGACGGAGGAGGGCAGGCGGGGAGUGGCUCUAGCUGGGACAGCCUUGUCACCCUCGCUCCGCUGCUGCCAGGCCUUCGCGGACAGGAUGGAGACCCUCGCCGAGCAGUGGAGGGACCUGCACGCCAGGAGGGCCCAGCUGAAAGCCCACGUGGUGACAUCUGGGACGACUGUAAAGUGUGGCUGCUGCUGGAAACCUCCCCAGGAGAAUGAAAGGCUGAGAACCCAAGCUCUGAAGAAAGCCAAAGAAGAGAAAGAGGAGAAUUCAAAAAAGGAGAGUGAGCUCUUGAGGGCUAGGAGGGAACUGGAAUCCCUGAGAAAAAAGCACCAGAAACUCUCCAAAAAGUUGCUGAAGUACUCCCCGUUCAAGAAGUACCUGGAGGAUGUGGUGGAGAAUUCACAGGUGAGCUUGGACGUGGCUCAGGGAGGGCUCCCCUGGCUUUGA